UCAGAGCGUGCUGAUGCGACUUUAUUAUCUGUAAUGUUCCCUUUCGUUGGUUAAAACUGCAACAUGCGUUUGUUUAAGUCUUUAAAUCUCUCGGAUGAAAUAAGCAACAAUGAUCUAUCGAGACUUUGAAGAUUAAAAAGCAGGAAAAUGUGGAUUUUUGCAUACACACCGUGGAAGUUUACCCGAAAGACAGAAGUGGCAAACCGGAGGAAGUUGGUGAAAUAAAGAGACAGAAACUCGCCUUUCCCUCUGCAGGAUCAUGCAGAGUAACAGCAGCAUCUCUGGAGCUCUGGCCGCGCUCAGUGUGUGCGGAGGAGAGGACGAUGAGCGAGACAUCUUCAAACUUGUCAGUCCUUUAGAAGCUGCUUCCAACAUCGCAGCUUAUAACCUGUCCCUCAACUGCUGGCUGCACAUUCUCUCCAAGGAGUCCAUAAUGGAUCUGCACGGAGAUAGCGCAAACCUGGCAGUGCGAGUUGUCAUUGCCCUGGUCUACCUGGUGGUCUGUGUCUUGGGGCUUGUGGGUAACUUCCUGGCCCUCUUCCUGCUCCACUCCCGCCGUAGGGGUCACCACCACUCCUCCAUCGACUGCUUUGUCAUGAGCCUGGCGCUGACCGACCUCCAGUUUGUCCUCACCCUGCCUUUCUGGGCUGUGGACACGGUGCUAGACUUCCGCUGGCCCUUUGGCAGGGUUAUGUGCAAAAUCGUGAGCUCAGUCACGACCAUGAAUAUGUACGCUAGCGUCUUCUUCCUCACUGCCAUGAGCGUGACCCGGUACCGUUCCCUGGUGACCUCUUUGAAGAUGGACGACCCAAGGAUUGCCAACGUUCAAGCCAAAUGGGCCAGUUUGGGUAUAUGGAUGGUGUCGCUGGUGGCUACACUACCUCAUGCUUUCUACUCCACCACAGUCCAGGUGUCCUCAGACGACGAGCUGUGCUUAGUGCGGUUCUCUGACUCUGAUUCAAGCCACUGGGAUCCUCAGGUCCUGCUUGGACUCUAUCAGACACAGAAAGUGCUCCUGGGGUUUGUAAUCCCCCUGAUCAUCAUCACAGUUUGCUACCUUCUCCUUCUGAGGUUCAUCCUGAGCCGGCGCUUCGUUGGCAGCAUCAUCAGUGGAAGCAUCACAGAGAAGUCGGAGUGUGAGAGAGGGCGCCUCCGUCGACGCUCCAAAGUCACACGCUCCGUCACCAUUGUAGUCUUGUCCUUUUUCAUCUGCUGGCUUCCCAACCAGGCUCUGACCUUGUGGGGGGUGCUGAUCAAAUUUGACUUGGUGCCCUUCAGCAAAGCUUUCUACAACGCCCAGGCUUACGCUUUCCCCCUGUCUGUGUGUUUGGCUCACGCUAACAGCUGUCUCAACCCGGUGCUGUACUGUCUGAUCCGCAGAGAGCACAGAGCUGGACUGAAGGAACUCUUGCUGAGGGUGUCUCGCUCAGCCCGUGCUGUCAUUACUCUAGCUCUGAGAGGGAGAAAGGUGGAGGAAGCACCACCGAGCAUAGUUGUGGUUCAUGAAGACAUCAAUAUGUGAUUCACUCAGAGAGAGGAACAUUUUGACGUUGAGGAAAUUUCAUUCAUUGUCUCUCUUGUGAAGAGAUAAAUUACCUGACCCUGGUGUUUGUAUACUAAUCAUGAAGCUAUGACCAGGGGUCCAGCUCGCUCGGCUGCCACAAAAACUGCUCCCCCUAGUGGCUGGCUGCAGUAUAGGUCAAAAACUCUGUCUCCCCCAUUCAUUUGAAUGGGAC